CUUGAGAGCUACGCAAAUAAUUUCACAGACAUCAGAUCGAGUGCAAUGUCCAAAACAAACAGGUGGAUGAAUGCGAUCUUCAGAGCCGUUCUCAUCGGGGUCUUGUUAGGAACGGCGUUUGGAGGGCCGAGACAAUCAGAUACAUCUACACACCGUGAUCCUCAUCAUGGACAACAGACAGAAGUCGGUCAAAGGAUUUAUUAUCCUGUAAUACAUGAAGCUCAGAAGAUUCACGACACACAGCAGAUUCUGUAUCCCUCACUCAAUGAUGGACAGCAGACGUGUCUGUACAAUACAGCAGGAGAUAAAUGUGAGCGCUGUAAAGACGGAUACUACGGUAAUGCCACACAAAGAACAUGCAGAGUAUGUCCGUGUCCUCUCAGCACUGAAGCUAACGGUUUUGGAGUGGGAUGCAGUGAAACAUCAGAUGGGAGAGUUCAGUGUCUGUGUAAAGUGAGUUACACGGGUGAAAGAUGCGAGCGAUGUGCGCCGGGGUUUUACGGUGAUCCUCGGGUCUUUGGUGGACGCUGUCGUCCGUGCAACUGUCCUAAAAACUCUUGUGAUUCACUGACCGGAGUGUGCAAGAAUUUCCUAGAGCUUCAAAACACUGAGACAGACGAACAAUGUGAAGAGUGUGAUAACUGCGCACAUACCUUGCUGAGUGAUCUGGAAAAGUUUGACAUUGACUUGAAAAGAUUUAAAGAUCAACUUGAUUUGGAUUCAGUCGGAUCUUCGGUUAAAGACGAUCUGCGGAAGCUCGAGGACGCCAUCACUAACACAACGAAUCUGAUGAAUAUAUUCAGCUCUACAGUCAACAAACAGGGAUCUAAAAUCAAUCAACUGGAGCGAGACGUCAUAAAUCUGGCAGAAGAUAUGAAUGAUCUGAAGGAACAGGCAAGGAAACGCUCAGACGACUCUCAGAAAGCUCUUGUGAAUGUUGAAAACAGUCAUGAGAGGGCAAAAGAUCUGGAGACUGAGACACAAAACCUCCAUAAGAAAAUACAAGAUCUGCUGAAACAGCUGACAGAUGCAAACAUUGGUGAAUCGACUCCGCUCUCAGGGGAUCUCCAGAAACUUCUGCAGGAGUCUGAGCGUAUGGUGAAAGAAAUGCAGAAUAGAAACUUCACACCUCUGAAAGACAACGUCAAGAAAGAGCGAGAUCAAGCCAACAAACUUUUGGAGCAAGUCAAUGACUUCACAAAGCAGUGUGAUGAGAAUAAAGACGCAUCUAAACGUGUUGAGGGUUUACUAGAAAGCUAUGAGAUGAAAGUGAAAGAGUUAGAAGAUUCACUGAAACAGGCUGUUAACAUGGUGAAGCAAGCCAGCGGUCUGAAUGAUGUUAAUGCUGUAGGACUUCAAGACGUGGUGAAACAACUGAAGGAUUUGGAGAACGAGCGAGAUCUUGUUCGAAAUCAGAUCGGUUUGGCAGUGGACCAGCUGAAAAACACUGAAGACCUUCUGAAAAUGUUCAAUGACAGUAAAACGGACUAUGAAGACCUCACAAAACAACUCGACAGCGCAAAGACUGAUCUGAAAGACAAAGUAAAGGUCAUCUCUCAAGCUAAAGCUCAGGAGAAGAUUGUGAAGCAAGCAGAAGAACAUGCUGAGAACCUUCGCAAACUCUCCAAAGAGCUUCAAGAAGCUGUACAGAAUGUGAGUGGACUCUCUGGUGUGCAGGACGCUCUGUCAGGGAUUGACAUUUAUAAAAACAUCACCGAUGCUGUCAACGCUGCAGAGGAGGCGGCGAACAAAGCCAAAGAAGCUGCAGAUAAAGCACUUCGUGAAGCCAAUCAAGGAGACCUCAUCAAGAGGGUAACAAAUCUAAAAGACACCGGCAAUAAUCUUCUUAAAAACGCAACAGAUGCAGUCCGAGAUCUUAAAGGAGCAACUAAAGAUCUCAAUAAUCAGAUGAAGCGUUUACAAGACGAUGAGAAGAAAAAGAAACUUCUGGAGGAGACGCUGAGGUCUCUUCAGGACGAUCUCAGAAAAAUUCAGAGAGAUGACAUUGAUAAUAUUAUUAAUGCUGCUAAGAAAGCUGCAGCGGAUGCCAAUCUCACCACCACCAACACGAUGGAUGAACUGAAUGAUAUUAAAGCAGAAGUGAAGAAGAUCUCCAUCAGUCCAAGUGUUUCUAAUAUUGACAAUGUUCUCCAAGAUGUUGAUGUGACCGUAAAAAACCUGAGCGCCUCCAUCCCAUCACUGUUAGAUAAAAUCAAUGAACUGACUUCACAGCUCACUGCAGUAAACAACGUCUCUGAUAACAUCAACCGGAUAAAAGAACUGAUCGAGCAAGCACGUGAAGCCGCUAACAGAAUCGUUGUGCCUAUGAAGUUCAGUGGUAAUGGAUUCGUGGAGCUGCGUCCUCCUAAAGACAUAGAUGACCUGCGAGCGUACACAGCUCUUACUCUAGCUCUCCAAAGAUCCGAGAAAACACCCAACCGAGGACGUAGACGCCGUCGACAGAUCUCCACAGAUCAAGACAAUAUGUUUGUCUUUUACUUGGGUCAUAAAAACGGAUCUGGAGACUACAUUGGCAUGGCUCUUAGAAAUAAUCUCCUGCGUUUGGUAUAUAAGCUGAAUGGAAAGGAAUAUGAUAUUGAGACCUCAAACAUCACAGAGUCUCCGUCUGAACCGGCUUUCUUUGAUAAAAUUGUCAUUCAGAGAGUUUAUCAAGACGCUGAAGUCAUUCACACACAACAGUUCACAUCCAGCAACCCAAAGUCUCCACAGAUUGAAGUUAAACAAGGUGACCUGAUCCGUAAUCUACUGGAUCUCAGUCCUGAUGAUGUGGUCUUCUAUGUCGGAGGUUAUCCAGAUGACUUCAAGCCUCCAACUUCACUCAACAUCGGCAAAUAUAAGGGCUGCAUUGAGUUUUCCACCUUCAAUGAGAAAUUUAUCAGUCUCUACAACUUUAAGAAUGCAGUUAAUAUUAACAAAGAAACUCCCUGCAAGAGACACAUCCCAGUCACUGGUUCAGAGUCAACCUACUUUGAAGGCUCCGGUUACGUCAAAAUCAUGCUUGAAAAGUUCCCCAAACCCUUACAGAUCAUUCAGAAAAUAGAUUCCCGAUCUGAGGAUGCACUUCUGAUUUUUAUAAGAGAUGAGAAUGAUGAGUUUUUCUACAGUGUCUCUCUUGAGCGAGGUUAUAUUGUCGUUCAAGGCCAGGAGAAAGGCCAAGUUUUGAGUCCUUUCAGAAGUUUGGAGAAAGUAAAACUUUCUCCAGAAAUAGAAGUCAGAGUUAUUAUCAAUCUAAUGAGAGACAUUACAGUAAGAGUUGGUCAAACUGAGGUGAAAACAUCAGGCUACAGUCCAACAAGGUUUCUACACUACUUUCUGGGUGGUAUACCCAACAUUUUACGUGAGAGAUACAACAUUACUGUUCCUGCUCUGAAAGGUUGUGUGAAAGGCGGCAUGGCUGGUGGUAUAAGUCAAUUUGUUAAAGAAGAGGUGGGAAUCGGCAAAGGCUGCUCCCAAGACUUACUGGUGGUCAGAAAAGCUGAAUUCACUCCAGGCAGUGCAUUAGAGAAAGUUUAUGGGGACUUCAGCUUACAGGAUGACAUUAACCUCUCACUCGGCUUCAAGAGUAUUAAACCAGACGGCAUCUUAAUGCAAAACACCAAAGCUAAUAAACACAUUCAGCUUUCUAUGGAGAAAGGAUACGUGAUGCUAAAAUUACAAGACAGCAUGUGGAAAUCUACGAAAACUUAUCAGGAUGGUAAAUGGCAUUACCUCACGGUGGUCAGACAGGGUCAACGUGUUGAACUUCGAGUUGAUGAAGAUGAUGUUGGAGAGAGACUGGCAGGUUCUUCAUCUGAAGUUUAUUCUUCUAGUAUAACUUUGGGCAAAGACACUUUCAAGGGAUGCAUCUCCAACCUUUAUCUUAGGAGACCGGAGGCUUUAUAUAAACCAGAAGAUUUGAGUUCAUACACUGCUACAGGAGACGUGAUGAUGGACACAUGCAGUGCUAAACUCAACAUUUAACUUCACACAGUCGUGGUUUUCUUUCUAAAGAGACUUCAAGUGUUUUACCAGUGUAUGACUCUACUGUAUUACACAUUCAUCAAUAAAUAUAUAACACAUCUGCAA